AUGUCAGGCCUCUUCCUUCCCUGGGUCACCCGCAACGCGAGAAGCAGGAGUGUCGCUCGCGCCCUCUCGAUGUUCUCGGUAAAGCGCUUCGACGGCUCGGCCGCGGCGUCGGGAAGCAAUGACGGUGCCGGCGAUGGCGCUCCGGCGCGAAAUGUUGAUCGAAUCGCCGCGAUCAACCGACAGAUGCCGGCACCUGCGCCCAAGAGAGUGCAGCCGGUGGCAGGAAAGGUCAAGAGCUCGACGUCAAAGAAGCAACAAGCUACCAGCAAAACAAAGGCAAAAGAAAGAUACUUGAAGGCUAAGAAAGAGAGGAGGAAAGCCCGGCAAAAGGCAAUGCCUGCGGCAAACAAGAGGAAGAAGGUCGAUGCGAGCCAGGAGGACGAGGUGCAAGAACUUGCCCAAGCAGCAGUCGAGGAAGGUAACAAGGGGCAAGGAAAGGGCGAGGAGGUCACAUCAUCAUCAUCAACGUCUUCUUCAUCAUCAUCAUCAUCACCAUCAUCAUCGUCGUCGUCGUCGUCGUCGUCAUCAGGGUCAAGCUCGGACUCGGACUCGGAUUCAGACUCGGAUGCCGAGGGCAGCAGCGCGGAGGAGGUGGAGUCCCAAAGGCCAGUCGAAAGCGAGAACAAGAUGGAUGUAGAUGAGCCAGAGGGGCUGUCGAGGCUGCCAGCGCCUCGACAGACGGAGUGGGGCUCCAAGGCAGACCUAGCGCUACAGGGCCUACCUCAAGGGCUCACCAGACCGACAUUGGUAGACCCGGAACUCCGCUCGAGCGUCAAGGCAAAUACUGAGGAGGGAAAGGGGGACUUGGACCUGGUCAGUGCUCCUAUGCGCUCGCGCCUCGAGAAGCUGGGCGUGUCCGAGUGGUUUGCCGUCCAGACGUCCGUCAUUCCCAUGCUUCUUUCCCAUCCGACCGCCUACUCGCUCUACCCGUCGCCCCCACCUAGUGAUCUUUGCGUCUCUGCACCCACUGGAAGCGGCAAGACGUUGGCGUACGCUGUUCCGAUAGUCGAGGUGCUACGACGGCGGAUCUGCAUCAGGCUUCGUGCUUUGAUUGUCCUGCCCACGAGGGACCUCGUCAACCAGGUCAGGGAGACGAUGCAGGGUGUGUGCAAGGGAAGCGGCUUGAGCAUCGCAAGCGUGACCGGCCAGCAGAGCUUUGCGCAGGAGCAGGCACUCCUUGUCAACCUUGCCGAGGGCCAGCAGCGUCGAAAGAACAUCGCCGGUCUCGUGUCUUCCUCUGCGACUAUUUCAGAGGAGCCCUCUGCGCAUACAGAGGGAGAGAACACGAGCAAGGUGGACAUUCUCAUCGCAACCCCCGGCCGGCUUAUCGACCAUCUGGACGCCACGCCUGGAUUUACCCUCCAGCAUCUCCGCUUUCUCGUCAUCGACGAAGCCGAUCGUCUGCUGGGCCAAUCGUUUCAGGAGUGGCUUCCCCGCAUCCUCGAUGCGCUCGAUCCAAGAAAGACGAUGCAGGCAUCAAAGGACGAUGCCAGUGCACCUGCCUGGCUUCGGCGCAGCAUCAGCAAGACCACUGGCGUCCGUCUGGGCACCUUUGGCGAAGAGGAGGACCGAGACCCGUCGUCGUCGCCCGUCCAGAAGCUCCUCUUUUCAGCUACACUUACGCGAGACCCAGCCAAGAUUCUUGCGCUGGACCUGCGCGAUGCGCGAUUCGUCUCUGUACAGCAGGGCGCAUCCUCUGGCAGCUUUGUCUCGCGCGAGGAGAGCUUCGCACUGCCAUCGACGCUCCACGAACACUACCUCGUCGUGCCCUCGUCCGACAAGCCGUUGCACCUCUUUGCGCUUCUCCGGCCCGCGCCCGGCGCGGACAGAGAGGCACUGCGGUCCGUCCUGUGCUUUACCAAGUCCGUCGAGAGCGCCUCGAGGCUCGUCAAGCUCGUCGAGCUUUUUGAGGAGGAGCGCGCGGCGAUACGGAGGAGAAACCUUGAAGAGAAGGAGGCUGCGCUCAACGUUCAGGUCUAUUCGAGCGAGCUGGGACCAGGCCAGCGGAUGCGGAUGCUCGACGAAUUCCGCAAUGGUCAAGUUGAUGUCCUCGUGUGUUCCGACGUCAUUUCGCGCGGCAUCGACCUGCCCCACGUCCGCCACGUCGUGUCGUACGACGUCGCCGUCGACAUGGCCAAGCACGUCCACCGCAUCGGCCGCACGGCACGGGCCGGAAAGCGGGGCGACGCCUGGACGCUCGUCGAGGAGCACGAGGCGUGGUACUUUAAGCGCAUGCAGCGCAGGGGCUCGGCGAGCGCAGACGAGCGCCUCGACAAGGUCAAGAUGGACAAGGCGCAGCUCGAGACGGCUGUCUACCGUGUUCUCUAG